AUAGACGGGCUUUGCACGUUGCCCUUCCUGUUCACUCAUAACAACAGUGAUGGCGGCCGCAGCACGGUUCUUCAUCCGAGGUGCACCCUUGAAACUUCCCCUCUCCGGUGUUGGCACCGGGGCUCAGAGCUCUUUUGAGGCAACUCUGCUGAAAUUGUCACCGAGCUCCAACUCCCGUACAAAAACACAACGAAGACAUGCAGCGCACUUUACCUUCCAGCCUGACCCCGUACCUACACAAUAUGGGCCCACCCAGAAGAUGAACUUGUUCCAGUCAGUUACAAGUGCCUUGGACAACACUCUCGCCAGUGACCCAACAGCAGUCAUCUUUGGGGAAGAUGUUGCCUUUGGUGGAGUUUUCCGAUGCACAGUGGGUCUCCGAGACAAAUACGGUAAAGACAGAGUCUUCAACACUCCCCUUUGUGAGCAGGGGAUUGUGGGAUUUGGUAUUGGUGCAGCUGUUGCUGGUGCCACAGCCAUCGCUGAGAUCCAGUUUGCUGACUACAUCUAUCCUGCCUUUGACCAGAUAGUCAAUGAAGCAGCCAAGUACCGCUACCGUUCUGGCAACUUGUUUGACUGCGGCAACCUCACCAUUCGGGCUCCGUGGGGGUGUGUCGGCCACGGGUCACUUUACCACUCUCAAAGCCCUGAAGCCUUCUUCGCCCACUGCCCUGGCAUCAAGGUUGUAAUACCCCGUAGUCCAGUUCAGGCCAAAGGGCUGCUCCUCGCCUGCAUCGCUGACCAGAACCCCUGCAUAUUCUUUGAGCCCAAGAUCCUGUACAGAGCCGCAGUGGAGCAGGUUCCCGUGGAGCCCUACACCAUCCCACUCUCGCAGGCCGAGAUCCUACAGGAAGGAAGUGAUGUCACUCUGGUUGCCUGGGGGACACAGAUCCAUGUGAUGAGGGAGGUGGCCAAUAUGGCUCAAGAGAAGCUGGGAGUGUCCUGUGAGCUCAUCGAUCUACAGACCAUCCUGCCCUGGGACACCGAAACUGUUUGUAAGAUGGGUCUCUUGGCGUGAGCUCCAGCUGUAGUCUCUGUGACUGCAGCGCUCCCUGGAUCUCAGCCCUCAACAGUGAUGCAACCAAUUUGGCUGAACCUGUUCAACCCUCAAAAACAUAUGCAGGAGGAGUCACUUAAGGACACGCAGUGCACAAGUGCACCAAUAGGUCAAGUCCUACAGCUUAUAAAAUGCAUUUCUUCGUCCAAGUCACAAAGGCAGAAUUUAAUGGAUGGUUGAUAGAGGGGGAGGGGGGGGUGCGUAAGGAGGAAGUGUGCAGCAGCAUCUGGUCUGAUUCUUGGAAGUGAUGCAGGUUGCAAUGUCUGCAUGUUCAGAGUUCUGAGUAUGUUGACUCACUGUACAAAUAAGACCUUAUCAAGGCUCUGCUUACCCCCCUCACUUUCCCUUAAUGGUUUCAAGCUGUAAUGUGUGUCCUGAGCCAAAGACGGCUGGUAAAUGCAGUGUAUGGAAGCAGCCGGGAGCCAGGCAGGACACAGUACCCUCGGAUAUGUUUGUUUGUCAUGCGCUGAGGUGGAAAAAGUUGUGAAGGCAAAUAGAUUUAGGGAGCAACUGCUGUUUUCUGCUCAAUGUCAAAUUCAACGUGUUGUUCUAGUCUUGACGGAUGUUUUUAAUACCACCUACCAUAAUUAUAUGGGCUGAAUAAUCUGACAUUUUAGCAGAGCAGUGCACCAUGGACUGAUGGAAAGUAUUACAAAAUUGCUACCAUGCAUGAAUAUGGAGCAUAAUCAUUAAAAAGUCGGUACUUUA